AUGAGUUGGCUGAAGGCGAUAGAGAAGGUGUGCGCUCGGGUCGCAGUGGGUCCCGCCGCACAGACUUCUCUCGUUUCAAGCUUCGCUGUGGCCGGCCGCCUUGUGCCAGCGGUGAAUAGGGACGGAUGGCAACAGAAACAACAAGAAAAAGAUGAAGAACACACACCGGCGACAAGGGAGGCAGAACCGUCAACGGCUGCGCUUCAUGGCGUCAGCGACACGUGGAGUAGUGCCCUGGCGGUCAUUAGGUUCUCUCAAUCCGGCCCACAACGUGACAUUGCGUGGCAGAUGCACCACCUUCCACUCCCCCUUGCGGCGCAGUGUGUGGCAAUUCUGUUUGAGGCCGGACAAUUUGCAAUGGGAGUGGAAUUCAUGCACUCAUGGCAGCAUCCGGAGGCAAGGGACACAAUCCGCGCAAAGUCACGGGCAACGAAU